ACUCUUGCAAUUUUCCCCGUCAGAACGCCUAUAUCAUCAUGGCAUUCUAGACAUACGUCCACAAGAAUCUCUGGCCGAACUCAUUCUCAUACGAAGUCAGGGCUCCGCCUUCAGCCGAAAUACUCGCCAGUCAUGUGCAAUGUCAUCCACUUCUUCUUCAGGUGCCAACACUUACUACGUCUCCGGAGGUCACGCUGCAAAGGCACCAAGCACAAGAUGACGCGAACAAGCGUACGAGCUGCUUGCACGGCUGAGUCCUUUCUUACUGUGUAUGUUCAGACCGACUGUAGCUCCUGCGAGCACAAGCUGUGGGAGAGUAACCGGGAGUCCAAAUUAGGGCGAGCGAGAUCAUUCUUAGCCAAGCUGACUGAGAAGCGGAUGCCUGGCGUCGAUGAAAUCUCGACUAUAGUUCGAGAACUUGACGAGCAAUAUUACAUGGCUUCCUGGGACGCAAGAAACAUGCAGAUACCAUUACACUCCUUUAAGAAAAGCGUGGCGAGGGUAAGCAUUACCGAUCAUCAGACAGCUCGCUCGCCUCUGGCCCAGGAAGUACGGCCAGAAGACGUUGUGGAUCCGAAGAAUCACGUGAAGGACUGGACGGAAAUGGAUGAGAAUGACUACGAUGGCGACUACAUUGCGAGCACCGAUCCAAUUCACCCAGUCAGUACCGAUUAUUCGCAUCCCCUCGACGACGAUGACGGAAGCUGGAUUCUCAACCACUUCUCACCGGAAGAAAUGGAAACUGAGGCAGCAGACCUGGACUUCGACCAGAAUGGUUGGAGCUGGGACAACAACGACCACUCCAACGAUAAGGACAGCGACAAGGGAAGAAUUCCCCUGCUCGCUAAAUCUCAAGAAGAGAACACUACGUCACAGAUAGGCAGGAACGAUCUCAUCGCAUGGGGCCCUGAAGCAUCUGCGUCCUCCAUGCUUUUAAAAAUCAGCAUGGAUGGUCUCAGUAUGGAACAAAAGCAUGCGAAGGAGCAGAAAGAACUCAUAACUGGUGCAUUCUGGGUAGUCGUCAAUGAGUUUACGGAGCUACAACGACAAUCAGACUCUAAAAUGGAGGAUAUGAACGUGAUCCUUCGCAGCCUUGACAUCCCUCACAUUACUCCGACCCCUUCGCCUCCUUUCACACCGAGCAAGUCACCGCACAUGUGCGUAGAUGGUCCUUUGGACGCUCUUCAUCCUCCACGAGCAGAUUCAGCUCCUCUGUCAACCUUCAUAUCUCCACCAUCGACGCCCACUCCACCCACAACGCCAUCAAGUCUCAACUCAACACGUACAGCUUACAACAAACAACUACUACAGUGACUUGCUCCUCGUUUCGCGAUUCGAGGCAAGGGCAUUUGAAGGACCAGAGGGAAGGUUUGUUGCUGAUCCCCAGAUGGUGAGAGCCAGUGGAGGAUGGGAAGGAAGAGGGAACGGGUGGUUUCAAUGAGAGAGUUAAAUGGUUGAGGGCAGAUACAUUGGGAGU